AUGCCGAAAAAAAUCAAUGAGGAAUAUUUUCCAGAUUGGUUGGCAUUUCCACCGAAAGAGGUACUCUCAUGUUUAGCUGUAUUCCCAGCUGGUGAAUGGCUUCCCGUUGAGGUGAUUUCGUUGAUUGCACCAGUCGACGUGACCGAUCGUGAAGAGUCUAUCUAUGCAACUGAAGAACAACUCGCAAUUCUCGCAAAACACAGUUUUCUUGAUGAAAGACAUCUGGAGCACAAUAAUCAGAACUGCCAUUCGCAAUUUGAAUACCGCAUUCAUCCUCUGAUUGCUAAUUUUAUCAAGCGAACAAUCCACAAGGAUCCAGCAUUUGUUGAGGUAUUCAUUCUCAUUGUGAUGAUUGAAUCCAUCAUUUCAACAUAG